CACACACACACACACACACAGAGGGGCUGUGGUCGGUUUUGAACAUCGCUCCUCGCCAUAGGUAACGUCUGGGAAUAAGAGCAUGAAAUUGGACACAGAAACGCGCUCUCGGAGCUCCGCCCCUAAAUAACAUCAUCAGCGUCAUCAUAUUCGGAAAGAAAUUACUGGAGGGCACGAGAGAGGACGCACGCGGACUGUCAACCUGCUGUAUGCGUCGCGCCGAACCGUCGCGUUUAUCCAUCACCUCUGAAUGCUAAUAUGAGGAAGCCUCUGGUGUGCUGAAGGACAUCUGGAUUCCACAGAUUUCUUGUACAAGUAGCAUUCUCAGCAUGCGCUAAGCCUAACCGUAGCGUAACAAGAGAGCACAUGAGUGUUGAAACAGAGAGAAUGGCCAUAGCCUCCGACGUGCAGCCCAGUCGGAUUGCCUGUGCCCGCCAGCGCUUAUGGAGAAAACUCAGGCCUGCGCGGGUGAUCAGCCUCCUCAUCAGUCUCGUAGCAAUAAGUGCAGUGGCCUUCUCGUGGCGCUCUACCGCUCAGUGGGAGGGGCUUCAGAGCCACGCCCCACACAGAACACUGCUAUCCACACACCUGGGUUACCACAGUAACCUCUCGGAGGACACGCCCGUAGCCAUGCGCUCGUCCGCAGAGUCAAACGAGAGUCAAGGGGACUAUCCGAAUGACCUGUUCAGCCUGGAGGACCGUCGGCGUGGCGCUGUCGUGUUACACAUGUUCGGCAUGAUCUACAUGUUCAUUGCCCUUGCCAUCGUUUGCGACGAGUUUUUUGUCCCCGCUCUCACGGUCAUCACCGAGAAACUCAAGAUCUCCGAUGACGUGGCGGGCGCCACUUUCAUGGCGGCCGGGGGCUCGGCUCCUGAGCUCUUCACCUCCGUCAUCGGCGUUUUCAUUUCCCACAGUAACGUGGGCAUCGGAACCAUUGUCGGCUCCGCUGUGUUCAACAUCUUGUUCGUCAUUGGAAUGUGUGCUGUAUUCUCGAAGGAGAUCCUGAACCUGACGUGGUGGCCUCUUUUCAGGGACGUCACCUUCUACAUCAUCGGCCUCAUUAUGCUCAUAGUUUUCUUCCUGGAUAACUACAUCACGUACUUGGAGAGUAUCAGCAUGCUGCUCGUCUACGCCUCCUAUGUGCUCUUCAUGAAGUUCAAUGGGACGGUUGAGACUCUUGUCAAGAGUGUCACGAACAGAAACCAAGUGGUGGAGGUGGAGGCUCAGCCAAAGUUGAGCCCUUGUGAAGUGGAGGAUGACAGCAAACUGUCGGCCAAGCCAAGGCUGCAGAGAGGAGGAAGCUCAGCCUCUUUACACAACAGCCUAAUGAGGAACAGCAUCUUUCAGCUGAUGAUCCACACACUUGACCCUCUCAGUGAAGAAUUUGCUGACUCUGAGCUGGGGACUUAUGGCAAGCUAAAAUAUUAUCACUCAAUGACUGAGGAAGGAAAAUUCCGUGAGAAGGCGUCCAUCCUUCACAAAAUUGCCAAAAAGAAAUGCCAAGUGGAGGACUCAAAUGGAGUUGCUGAUAAAAAUCUGCCAAACAGCUCCAGCGUCGAGGUGGACGUAACUCCACCCAUGAAUGGCACCGCUGGACAGGAUGGCGAUGCGGGUGAAGAAGAUGAUGAGGAUGAUCAGCCUCUUAGCCUGUCAUGGCCAGAGACUGGCCCCAAGCGUUUCACGUAUCUCUUAAUCCUUCCCAUAGUGUUCCCUUUGUGGAUAACUUUGCCAGACGUCAGGAAGUCUAGUUCAAAGAAGUUUUUUCCUGUGACAUUUCUGGGGGCGAUUUGCUGGAUCGCAGCGUUCUCCUACUUGAUGGUCUGGUGGGCUCAUCAGGUUGGAGAGACUAUAGGAAUCACAGAGGAGAUCAUGGGCCUGACAAUUCUAGCAGCUGGAACCUCCAUCCCUGACCUUAUUACCAGUGUCAUUGUGGCCCGCAAGGGUCUGGGCGACAUGGCUGUGUCCAGUUCUGUGGGCUCUAAUAUAUUCGACAUUACUGUGGGGUUACCGUUCCCAUGGCUUCUGUACUCCUUUAUAAACAAUAUGAGCCCAGUAAGGGUGAGUAGUAACGGCCUGUUCUGUGCCAUCGUGCUACUCUUCCUCAUGCUCAUCUUCGUCAUCAUCUCCAUUGCCGCCUGUAAGUGGAAAAUGAGCAAACUGCUGGGCUUCAUCAUGUUCCUGCUCUAUAUUGUCUUCCUGGUGGUCAGCGUCCUGUUGGAGGACAAGUACAUCGCCUGUCCUAUCUCUAUCUAACGUCUGUUCUCAUUUACACACACACACACCAACAUGAAGCUAAAUUCAUGUACCUGCUGACUUUACCUCACCUCUGUAGUGAUUUUAUUUACUUUUGACCUUAUGACAAAGAAUUUCUGGCCUGUGUGUGUUUAUGGGGUUUUACACACUUAAACAAAUGUUUUAAUAUGAAUAUUUUUCUUGUUUUCCAAUAAAAAUAUCUAAAUAUCCUAAUAGAAGAUAACUGAGAUAACAGAAAAUUGAACUGUCUACUUGUUUUCAGAGAAUAUAUCUAUUAUAUUUAAACAGAAUAUAUCUGUUUAUUUCUGGUAGACGUUUUUUCUUCUCGGUUUAAGAAUAAACGUAAAAAUUGUUGCAUUUUUCUUAAAACAAAAAUAAGAUAAGUAUCACUACUAUCACUACUUUCACUUUUUGUUUAGUUUUUUUUUUUUUUUUCCAAACUCUUUGAAGUGCAAUUGAAGGUAUGAGAUGAUCUUAAACUAGGGCUGUAACGGUUCACCAAACUGAAAAUGGUUCAUAACUGAUUACACACUCUAGUACAAAAUCAUGUUCACUGGAUGAGAUUCAUCGACAGUGUUAAAACCUCAGAUUUUAUAGAUUUAUUUAUUCAUUUUCAAACAACAUGCAAGUUCAGUUUGCGCAGUGGUUCAAGAGCCAAAGAGCAACACGGAUGGAGCUCUCCGAAUGAUCUCUGAUUAUUUCUUCAGUGGCACAUCAGCGCUUUAUUCACUCUGUAGGAGGCACUAAGGAUUUAUAACCAGACAGACGCUGUGAUUAUAGCAGCCAGUGCUUGGUCAUUUCUCAGUCUCUGUCGGGCAAUUGUUCACUCAGUGAAUGUGCUGCACUAUUGACUAAUAUGUGGUCUGGAGGAAUCUUUCCAUGAUAUGACUGAUAUAUUCUUCAAAAUAGUUUUGACUUUGCAUGAGCUAAUGGCCAUUGUUCUUUUUCUGAUUUUUUUAUUAUAAUUUUAUUUAAUAUUUCUAUUACGUUUGUAUGCUAAACACACAUGUUGAGAACAUGAGAAAACUUUCUUGUAAUGGUGGUAGUAAAUAGAAGUACAGUGUAUGCUGCAUGUUUGACAAUUCCAGCACGUUUUAAUGGGUAUUUAUUUAUAUUUUGUUUAUUUACAUAAUAUAAUCCCGCCAGCAGACCGAUAUAAUAUAGCUUUAUAAUAUAUAGCAAAUAAACAAACAAAAACGUUUAUUUAAUGUUUAUUUUUUUAUGAAAUGGAAAUUCUUUUAAUCAUAAUGCAAUGCUAAAUUAGUCUGUUAACCAUUACCUCCCUAGCAUUAAUAAAAUGACAGACAAAGAUUGACUUAUAAUGUAUUUUAGAUACAGUGGAGUUAUUUAUUGAUCUGUUGAAUGUUAAAGCAAAACACCUUCAAAGAUAAUAACUCUUUAUUAUUUUUCAGUUUCAGUUCUGCUCUGUUGUUUCAGUUUAUGGUGAAUGUGUGUAUUGGCUGCCACUUGUGUUCAUUGGAAACAUUGGCGAAUAUUAUAUUUAGGUGGGGUUUUUUUCUGGACCCAGGAUGCCAUUCUGGAUUUAUUUUAACUGAUUAUUUAUAGAAUGUUAAUUUAAGCAUUUCGAUAUAUUUGUGUGUUUUGUUUUGUUUUUCUUUACAUGUUGCCUGUGUGUCAAGAGGCCAAAGUAGCCAGAACAUUGAAUUUUUGACAUACUGUUUAACCUGGCAUGUCAUCCUUCCUCUGUAGACACUGUUUCUAUCCUUUUAUUUUAGUUUUUAUUUCAGGGAACCACAAAUGAGCAAAAUGACUGCAUGUUGCUUCCCCAAGUAUAGAACAACAACAACAAAACCCUCUUUAAUAUUCACUCAUUUAUAGAAAAAUCGCGUUAAAUAAUAGUAUAAAUGCGAUGAAAAUGUGUAGAUGCUUAUAGUCUGUAGUUAAGUGUAAAUAAAACAACCUAGAAAAAAAAUUAUAUAGCACUCCCAGCUGCUGAAACGACGUGCAGUGAUUUCCCUAAAUAGUCGGCGUAGCACAAUCCCUGUAUUUGGACUGGAAAUCAGUCCAUUCCGAGACGGUAAAGUAGGCAAAAAGUUUCGAUGCAUGCAUGAAAAUGUGUAACCUAAUUCAAGAUGUGCUCAUUGCUUUACUGUAAGGUUAAAAGACCAAAUAUUUGCAUAAUGGGUUGCUUAACAAAUAGUCCUUCGGCAACGAAAGAGUAAUGUGCUAGCACUGUCAUAAGUUCUCUAGAUGAGUAAAAACCACAAGAUUUUAUGAGUAGCGUGAUCCAUGUUACCACUAAGGGUGCUUAGGACUCUUUGUAAUCUGUACAGACACUAACUAACUAAUACAAGCGCAGAACUCGCUGAUCAAGAACAUAACACUGUAACUAAACACUAUAAAACUUCUUCCAAAUAGUGCAUUAAUUUGUGGAGGCAGUCGCUCUAUUUGUAUAUUUUUUUUGGAGGCAGACGAUUUAUUUGUAAAAAAAAGACAAACAAAAAAAAUGUAUUAGUAUUUUGAAAAAAAAUAAAUGUUGGCUUUACACAAGUCGAAUGCAGAUGCCUACAGGCGUACCUUAGCAAAUACUGCCCUCUAGUGUGCCAUCUUUAUUUUUGUAGCUAUGAUUCAAACAAACACAGAUCUAAACAAAGUCUUAUGUUUCCCUUUCGUUCAGUGUUUACUCCACCAACGCCUGUUGUAAACCUAUUCUUUGUGAACGCAUACACUGAAAUGCUUAAGCCUAAAUGUAUGGCUGUGUUUAUAUUUUAUGAUUUUUUGGAAGAAAAGAUAAUAUCCUUGUCAGCCCAAUAUGUUAUAGACAUCAUAUUUAUUUCUUUAGCAAAAAAUACUUUAUUUUCCAACGCUGUAAGCUAUUUUCUAUUUUCUGUGAAUGUGCAGGCUUCCGAAUCAUUAGCCGCUUAAAAUGAAGAGUAAUAAAAUAGCCAACAAUAAACUGUAAUUAUUUGCACCACAAACCAGUGUUUGUUUAUAAGUAUGACAAUGUAUUAAUAUGGUAAGAAAUACCAGUUUGCAAUAUCAAACAACAAAAAGAGCUGUUUUGAUACAGCUUAAAAUAAGCGGAUGAACCGGGAAGCCAGAUACAUUCAGUUUACAAAUGGCCGCUCUUACAUUUAAAAAUAAGGUGGAUGCAAAUUUUAUAUUUCUGCAUGUAUCUUUCCAUUUCAGCGGUCCACGGGUUACAUCUGGAAAGAACUGUAAGGCUUUUAUUUUCUGAACCAAUAAAUUGUAUUUCAGCAGAUCUGACUGACAAAGGGAACAUGUGAAUGUGUAGGCUAUUAAAUAUAUGAAUAUGGAGAUAUUGAGUAUUUAUUAUAUGAAUGAACAUAGAAAAAGUUAAAAUGCUCAAACGUCGAAAGGUUUUUUAAGAAAAAAGAUGUCACUGAUUAAAGCAAUGUAGCUAUUUCUAGGCAUGUUUUCUCGUUUUCCCCCCAUAUUUUAACACUCAAAUUUACGUAUCAUAGUAGGCCUAGUCUUCUAUCCUAACUUGUUACACCUUGAUAUGUAUGAAUUUUCCUCAUUGACAUCUGCCUUUCAUAAUUAUUUUUAUGUGUUUUGUCUUAUAAGAGGGCUGUUGAAAUACUCAGUAUUCAAGUGGCCCUGCUUUAUCCUGUUCCAUGCUUUCUUGCAGGGUAAGGGCUAUUUUAAUUUGAAUUCUGUCUUGUGUCAAACAUAGCAACAUUGAUAUGCACUUUGCAUAAUUACGUGUCUGUUUAUUUAGCCUAUUGUUUGUUUGCUCUGAAUGAGACUGAAGCUGAAUGCUUGGCCUGAAUUGACAUAAAUCUGCAGUUAAAUAUUUUCGUUUAGACUUUAAAAGAGUGAAAAUGCUAAUUAUGUUCACUUGUUCUCUUUCUGGCCCCUGUCUCUGUCUCCACUGUUGUCUUUCUUUUUUCAUGAAUCUGCACUUUUGUACUGAAUCACGAGACUCACGCCUAGUUAUAGACAUGGCAUGCCAACAAUAACUCCAUCACUCAGUGUUUAAUGUUCCAUUACACGUGAGUAAUUCCGAAUGUACAUAUAUAGAUACUAAUAAAAUCAGAAUAUAGAGAAACUGUUUAUGUAAAUGCAAAGUAUGUAAUAAAAGAAAUAAAG